CCUCCAUAUGAUGGUAAACUUUUACAACGUACAGAGAGGAGCCAAAAUUCCCGAAAGGGAUUAUUAUGGAUUCAGAAUUUUUUGAAAAAUCUUCAGAAUACGAAUAUGAUGAUAUUUACACAUGAUUGA